CACGAUCUCAUAUCACAUAGCAGGGGCUCUCGUGGUGUUUAGGAAUUGACUUUUUGACUUGAAGUUGCGAGCUUUUGGAGAAACUAAAAGGAUCUUAUCUACUAAGUUCUGUGCUCUAUAUUGACAUUGGCUUUACGAUUAUCCUCUCUGUGGGCUACUAUGCAAUUACAACUGAUCUCCUUUGUUUUGAUCAUAUUGUACUGUAUGGAUUACACUGGCGGUCAGCACAGCAGCUCCAGGCACCGGCACCACAAACAGAUUUCUAGCGGGGGCUUAGGGUGCCAGCAAGGCGGCUGUCUGACCUGCUCCGACUACAAUGGCUGCCUCUCGUGUAAGCCACGAUUCUUCAUGCACUUGGAGAGGAUUGGGAUGAAGCAGAUCGGAGUGUGCAUGACAUCGUGUCCUCCGGGAUUUUACGAUAUUCGUUCACCGGAGAGAAACACUUGCACAAAGUGCAGGUCUGAGUGUGACUCCUGCUUUAACAAGAACUUCUGCACACGCUGCCGGCCGGGCUACUACCUCCACCUGGGCAAGUGUCUGGAGAGCUGUCCCGAUGGGCUGAUGCGCAGCGACAUCCAGCGCGAGUGUGUGCACAGGUGCCCUGCAGAGUGUGAGGCCUGUGUGAACAGCGAGCUGUGCACGCGCUGCAGACCAGGGCUGUACCAGCUCCAGGGGAGCUGCUACCAUGUCUGCCCUGAGGACUACGAGCCCAAUGACAGACUCAUGGAGUGCUCUCCACAAGUGCACUGUGAGGUGGGCGAGUGGAGUGAAUGGAGCCCCUGCUCUCGCUCUGGGAGAACCUGUGGCUUCAGGAGGGGUCAGGAGACUCGCACCAGGCUGGUCCUGCAGUAUCCAUCACCCUUUGGACGGCCCUGCCCAGAGAUCUCUGAGAUCAAGGAGUGCCUGGUCAAAAGGAAAAAGUGCCCAGGACGAGGGAAGAAUGAGCGGAGAGAUAGAAGAAACCGCAACAACAGAAGAGACAAGGCCAGUCAAGAGGUGCUCCGGGACAGGAAACGAGAGCGGGACAGGGACCCAGGCGAGCGCGACAACUCUGACAACAGGAACAAAACAGAGCACCGGAGACGCAGAGAACAGCACUCAGAGAACACACAGCACAGCAGUAGUGUCCAAGGACACCAAGACUGAGCCCCCUGUGCCGUCUCAUUCUCCGCACUGUCUCUCUAUUAGCCCCUCUCUGCAGGGGUGUUGCUGCUAUGUACCUGUAUUUGGAACUGUUUUGUGCACAGACAUCUUGGGCCACAACAAGCUGAAAGUUCUCUAUAAAUGACUUUACUUCCACCGCUGUGUCUCUGCUAAAUAAAACAAGUGGAACAUGAGAUGCUACUGAGAUAGCAGAGAAAGUAAAACUGGCUGAACUUUGAACAGACAAAUGGACAAAGACAGAAUUAUACUAUAUACUUGUUGAUAUGGUUAUUUAAAGGGGCCCUAGUACCAUGUUGGUU